CUCCGUACUAGGAUCAUCUAUACCUUCUCUCUCUGUCUCUCUCGCGCGCGCGCACACGCUCGCAAGAAUCAACCAUGAAAACCCCCAAAUCCUGUGAUCUCCGGAAACUCAAACACCACAACCUCACAUCCACCUUCGCCACAACGCAAGUUCAGUCCUCUCCACCGUCCUCUUCACUUCCUCUCUCUAACCCCUCCCAAACUCCACCCUCUACCCCUUCACCCCUCAAAACCCCACUCGUAUCCCCCCACUCCUUGCAAACCUCAAUCCAAUUUUCUCAGUGGCAUUUCAUCAAACACCUUUCGCCCAACCUCGCCCCCGCUUUAGUUUCGACCGCCCUCUUCAACCUCCGCUCCAACCCAGACCUGAUUCUCAAAUUCAUCGACCAAUUCGAACUUAACCAAAACAAUCUUCCUUACCACUGCAUUGCUGUUGUUAUACUCGCCCGCCUUCCGUCGCCCAAACAAGCCUUGGAUAUGAUAAAGAGGGUAGUAAGUUCAAGGGUUUCGACAAAUAAGGAGGUUUUCGAUGAGUUAUCAAGUGCCCGCGAGCGAUUAGACAUAUCGAGUUCGAUUGUGUUUGAUUUGCUAGUGAGGGCGUUUUGCGAGUUGAAGAGAGGUGAUGAGGCUUUCGAGUGCUUUUACAUGAUGAAAGAUAAGGGUGUCUUGGCCAAGGUUGAGACUUGUAAUGAUAUGCUGAGCUUGUUUCUAAGGUUGAAUAGGACGCAGACUGCGUGGGUUUUGUACGCCGAGAUGUUUAGGUUGAGGAUUAAUUCGACGGUUUACACGUUUAAUAUAAUGGUGAAUGUGUUGUGUAAAGAAGGGAAGUUGAAGAAGGCUAAGGAGUUUAUAGGGUACAUGGAGAAUUUAGGGUUUAAGCCGAAUGUGGUGACUUACAAUACGAUUAUUCACGGGUAUUGUGGGAAGGGGAACCUUGAAGGAGCUCAUCGGCUUUUUGAGGCAAUGAAGGCUAAAGGGAUUAAGCCAGAUGCAUAUACAUUUGGUUCUCUUAUUAGUGGGAUGUGUAAGGAGGGAAACGUUGUGGAGGCAUCUGCGCUUAUUUGUAAAAUGGAGGAAAAUGGGCUGGUGCCUGUUGCUGUGACGUAUAAUGCUUUGAUUGAUGGGUAUUGCAACAAAGGGGACUUGGAAAGAGCUUUUAUGUGUAGGGAUGAGAUGGUGAAGAAAGGCAUAAUGCCAACGGUGUCGACUUAUAAUUUGUUGGUUCAUGCACUGUUUAUGGAAGCUAGGCUGGAUGAAGCCAAUGGUAUGGUUAAAGAAAUGGAAGGAAAGGGAAUGGCUCCAGAUGACAUCACUUAUAACAUACUGAUCAAUGGGUAUUGUAGGUCUGGCAAUGCAAAGAAAGCUUUUAGCCUUCAUGAUGAAAUGCUAAGUAAAGGGAUUCAGCCUUCACGGGUGACAUAUACUUCGCUUAUUUAUGUUUUGAGCAAGCGGAAAAGAAUGAAGGAAGCAGAUGACUUGUUUGUGAAGAUAAUGGGCAGGGGUGUUUCGCCAGAUGUUAUAAUGUUCAAUGCAUUGAUUGAUGGGCAUUGUGCCAACGAAAAUUUGGAACGAGCACUUCUUCUUUUGAAGGAGAUGGAUAGGAUGAAGGUUCCUCCAGAUGAGGUGACGUAUAAUACGAUAAUGCAGGGGCAUUGUAGAAAAGGCAAAGUCGAAGAAGCUCACGAGAUUCUUGAUGAGAUGAAGAGAAGGGGGAUUAAACCAGAUCAUAUCAGUUAUAACACUCUCAUUAGUGGGUAUAGUAGGAGAGGUGACAUGAAGGAUGCCUUUAGAGUUCGAGAUGAGAUGUUGAGUAUAGGAUUCAACCCUACCCUUCUCACUUACAAUGCUCUCAUACAAGGGCUGUGCAAAAACCAGGAGGGAGAUCACGCGGAAGAGCUCCUCAAAGAAAUGGUUAGCAGAGGCAUUACUCCUGAUGAUAGCACGUAUCUCACUCUGAUUGAAGGGAUAGGAAAAGAUGACACUUUUGAGGAAAGUAAUGGUUCGUGAUCAAGUCUUUUUCUCAUUAAUUCGACCCUGGCAGAAAGAGAUGUUACCGAAGAGUUCAUGUGUUGAAUAUUUUGUCAUCUGAUACUUCGAAUCCAAGCCAAAGGGAAUUUGCUGCUCAGAUGUCUCUCCAUCGGAAAAUUCUGAAGGUAUAUGUGGAAAACUUGAAAGAGUUCCAUAAAAUCGCUUAUUGGGGCUUUCACAUACCUUCUUGUAUGAUUGUAGUAUUACACAAGUCCCUUGUCAAUGUUUUGCAAUUUUAUUUAUUGUACUAAGUUACGGUUGCCUGUUUAAUUGUGCCUACCAUCAUUUAAAGGUGUUCAAAAUUUGAACAUUUUGUUCAGGCAUACUCAUGUCUAAGUGUGAAUAUCCGUAUAAAGAGCACCGAAAUGUUUUUCCCA